AUGUACGGAUGCUCAAUUCGGUACACCAGAGCCAACUACUACCAUAUCAUACCAAAGAGUACCAUCUCAAUGAGCUUAAAUGAGCCGGCUCAGGACGGAUCAGAACCUGUUUUCGAUGAGAGUUCGGGCCCAGAGCGCGGAGUUGUGCCCUUUCGCAAGUCUCUUCUGGUACCUCGGCCGCUUUUCGUUCCGCCGCUAAACUUUUCGCUAGUCGAAGACGGGAUAUAUCGAAGCGGGUUCCCGAUGCCAAUCAACUAUCCCUUCUUGGACCAGCUCAACUUGAAAACGAUCAUCUACUUAGGAGACAUUGGGUACGAGAAGAAGAAGAAGAAGGACGACAAGAAGGAUAAGAAGGACGAUAAAAAGGAUAAGAAGGAUAAGAAAGAUAAGAAGAAAGAACACAGCACACACGAGAUCUUCGAGAACUACAAGGCUUGGGUAGCAACUACAGACAUCCAGUUCCACCAUUUGGUGAUGCAUUCGUCUCAGGAGCCGUUUAUACUGAAUACGCAUGAAGAGACGCAGAAAGCGCUAAUUACGGCUCUCCAACUCAUGCUAAACCGACAAAACUUUCCCAUGCUUAUACAUUCGAACAAGGGGAAGCACCGAAUCGGCAUUUUGGUGGGGCUAGUUCGCAAAAUGCUUCAGGGUUGGUGUAUGAGUGGGAUUUUCGAGGAGUAUGAGAAGUUUGCAAUGGGGAAGUCAGAAUUCGAUCUUGAGUUUAUUGAGUUGUGGCAACCUGAGCUCACUUAUGACGUGAACUGGCUUCCGGAAUUUGUGAGAGUGUAG